UUUCUCCAGGAACUGUAAUCGAGACAAUUAAGACCACCACAAGAGUGGAAUAAUGGGUCGACAUUCCCAGCAUGUGGGGUAAGGCCGACUCCAAGCAAAGGUAUUCUGCUCCAAAACUCUAACCUAGACUAGUGUAGGGUAGGACAUGUGCUUUUCUCCUACAGCUCCUAUUUUGAGUUUAUGCAUCAGAUCCUCUUGCCAGACAGUGCCGCCAUGUUGUGGCACUUCAGUACAGCGGCAGUUGAAGGCACGACUGGGAUACACAACCUUGACAGUUGCUGCCUUCACCCAAAACGUCGUCCUUAGAAGUGCUGUCUUGACGCAAGCAGCCGCACUCUGGGGAGGCGAGUUCCAGGAGCGACGAAUCCUAGCCUUCAUCACCAUCACUUCAGCGUCAUGGCCAUGCCUUAGCAUUAAACCAUUGGAAAGCCUGGGACCUGGCGGCCAUUUGCAUAUAACCGGCCGCUAUGGGCUAUAAGUUGCCUCCUUGCCUUUUUGUUCUUAGUUGCUUUUCAACGUCUUAUACCCACCGCCUAU